AAUAUUUUAGCCCAACAUAUAUAGCUUUAGUUUUUUGAAAAGGGAGAAAUGGCGCAACUUGGCUAGAGAAAAAAAUUCAGAGCAAUCAACUACCAACCCACCCUGCUCCGCGUAACGCGGGCAUAAUCCCGGAGAGUAGAAGCGCUGGCACGAAGAAACCUCACUCUGUGAAUAUAUAAUAGCAAGGGAAAGAAGACGACACUGGGAUUUGAACACAAUCUUGAAUUGUUCGACCCAAAGUCCCGGCUCUGUGAGAUCCAGGGAGCGAGUUCGGAGCAAGUGAAGAUGGAAACAACUACAACAGCUCUUGCAGGCACCGGUAUAUCAACUCCUCGGUGGAAUGUGGACCGACCUUUUCUUACCGGCCGUUUGCAACAGGAAACAAAAUCCACAUUUCACGAAUCCAAGAGUUUCUCCAUGGAUUCUUUCAGUUCCGGAGCGGAUAAGGCUAUAUGUUGCUACCAUGCUGCAAUGCAGGAACUGAUUGUUAUUGAUGAUCUCUUGUCUACUCUGGUUGGAAUUGAAGGUCGUUAUAUUUCAAUUAAAAGAUCCCGAGGGAAGGGAGAUAGUAUAUCUUUUCUGUGUGAUGCGUCUAUGGAUCUUGCACUCCAGGAAUCUUCAAAAAGGCUGUUCCCGUUAUGCGAGAGUUAUUUGCUGAUCAAUCAAUUUGUUGAGACACGAUCACAGUUCAAAACUGGUUUAGUUAACCAUGCCUUUGCAGCUGCUCUAAGAUCACUUCUUCUGGAUUACCAAGCCAUGGUGGCUCAGCUUGAGCAUCAGUUUCGGUUGGGAAAGCUUUCUAUACAAGGAUUAUGGUUCUAUUGUCAGCCAAUGAUGGGUUCAAUGCAAGCGUUGUCCAUAGUGGUAAAAAAGGCUUCAUGCAGUAAUAUAUCGGGUUCAGCAGUCAUUAAUCUCUUGCAAAGCCAGGCCAAGGCAAUGUCUGGUGAUCAUGUAGUCAGGUCUUUGCUGGAAAAGAUGUUGCAAUCAGCUAGCAGUGCAUAUCUUGGGAUACUAGAGAGGUGGGUGUAUGAAGGAAAGAUUGAUGACCCUUAUGGCGAAUUUUUUAUCGCUGAGAACAAGUCCCUUCUCAAGGAGAGUCUCACUCAAGAUUAUGAUGCCAAGUAUUGGCAACAACGUUACAGCCUCAAGGGUGAUAUUCCAAGUUUUCUUGCAGAUGCUGCUGAAACGAUUUUAACAAUAGGAAAAUAUUUGAAUGUCAUGAGAGAGUGUGGACACAGUACUCAGGUUCCAGUUGCAGAAAAUUCAAAGUUGACUAGUGUUGGUUCAAAUCACCAUUAUCUUGAGUGCAUCAGGGCUGCUUAUGAUUUUGCCAGUGGCGAGCUAUUAAACCUAGUUAAAGAAAAGUAUGAUCUUAUGGCAAAGUUGCGGUCUAUCAAGCACUACCUUCUCCUUGAUCAGGGUGACUUUUUGGUUCACUUCAUGGAUAUAGCUAAAGAGGAGCUCAUGAAGAAGCUAGAUGAGAUUUCAGUGGAAAAACUUCAGUCUCUUUUGGAUCUUGCUCUGCGAACCACAGCUGCUGCUGCUGAUCCUUGCCAUGAGGACUUGUCAUGUUGUGUGGAAAGAACAACUUUGCUAAAAAGGCUGAGUACGCUAAAAGAUCUUGAUGCUAACCAGGUGGCUUCAGAAAGUAGCCACAACUUAGAUGAACCAGCUAGUAUUACGGGCUUGGAAACAUUUUCAUUGAACUACAAGGUUCAAUGGCCUUUAUCCCUCGUAAUAUCAAGGAAGGCCUUGACAAAAUACCAACUAAUAUUUCGGUUUCUAUUUCAUUGUAAACAUGUUGACCAACAGCUCUCUGGGGCAUGGCAAGUACAUCAAGGUUUCCGGAAACUUGAUAUGCAUGGCACUGCAAUCUCUGUGUCAUCAUUACUAUGUCGCAAUAUGCUUAAGUUUACUAACAGCCUCCUUCACUACUUGACAUCUGAGGUUCUUGAGCCUAAUUGGCAUGUCAUGCAGAACAGACUUCAAACUGCUAAAAGCAUUGAUGAGGUAAUACAGUGCCAUGAUUUUUUCCUCGACAAGUGCCUGAGAGAAUGCUUACUUCUUUCACCUUCUAUUCUGAAGAAGGUUGAACAUUUAAAAGCGAUAUGUCUACAAUACGCAGCAGCUACUCAAAGGUUGAUUAUUGCUGCCUUUGAGGUUCCCACAGUGGCUCCUUUGGCAGAAAAGUUCAACCGUUUAAAACUAAGGUCCCAAUCGCAGAUGCUGAAACCAGCGACUGAAGAUGCUACUGUAUUUGAAUCCAUUAUGAAGUUUGAGAGGGAAUUCACUAGUGAGCUUCAGAGCCUAGGACCAAUUUUUAGUAGCGGGUCUCGAGCUGAGCCAUAUUUAACUCAUCUUGCACAAUGGAUUCUCGGUGUAGGGAAUGACCAAUAAGUUGCAACGUCUUUUCUUUCAUAUUCUGUGAUAUGUGUUCGUUUCUGGUUAAGAGUUAUUCUUUCCAUUCGUGCACUUGAAUUGGCCACUAUGUCAUUAACGAAAGUUUGGUUCAACAGGCUUUCAUGCCUUUCAAUUAUCUUAUCUUUUCACUUGAUAACCAAGUUUUAUUGUGAACCAAACAGUACAGGGGGGCAGAAAGCUGCAG